CUUGUGUGCCCUAUCUUUGGCCCCCAGGUCGAUCCCGGUCUUUCCAUCCAGGUAAAGAUCUUUGAUUGCUUGGAAAAUGGGUGAUGCUGCCGCAUUCGUCGCCGCGAUCGAUCAGGGCACGACGAGCACGCGAUUCAUCCUCUACGACCAGGAUGCCAAGCCGGUCGCCUCGCAUCAGCUGGAAUUCGAGCAAAUCUAUCCCCAGGCCGGUUGGGUGGAGCAUGAUCCCUUGGAAAUCCUCAAGUCUGUCAAGGUAUGCAUGGAGGAAACUCUCAACAAGGCCCCGAGCAAGGGUCUUAGCGUCGCCGUGAAAGCUAUCGGGAUCACGAACCAGCGGGAGACGAGCAUCAUUUGGAGCAAGAGCACUGGCAAGCCACUGUACAAUGCCAUUGUCUGGAUGGAUGGAAGAACGAGCUCCAUUUGCAAACGCUUGGAAGAGAAUCUCUCCGGUGGAAGCAAACACUUUGUGGAGAGCUGUGGACUUCCCAUAAGUACUUACUUCAGUGCUUUGAAGCUACUGUGGCUGCUAGAGACGGUCCCAGAGGUUAAGUCGGCCGUGCUCGCCGGGGACGCUUUGUUCGGCACGGUCGAUAGUUGGCUUAUCUGGAACAUGACCGGGGGUAUCUCCGGAGGCUUGCACGUCACCGACUGCUCCAACGCCGCGAGAACAAUGCUCAUGAAUCUCAAGACUUUGAGCUGGGACAAAGGCAUCCUCGAGAGCUUGGGGAUCUCGAUCGACUUGCUACCUCACGUCUACAACAUGCUUCCCGGGAUCAUCAGCAACUCGGAAGUUAUUGGAAAAGUUUGCGAGGGGUGGCCGCUGGCCGGAGUUCCACUCGCAGGUUGCUUGGGCGAUCAGCACGCGGCAAUGCUCGGCCAGCACUGCAAGAAGGGAGAGGCCAAGAGCACUUACGGAACUGGCUGCUUCAUCCUGCUCAACACUGGCGAAGAAGUAGUGCCUUCCACGCACGGGCUUCUCACGACCGUGGCUUAUAAGCUCGGGCCAAAGGCGCCAACUUGUUACGCGUUGGAAGGAUCGAUCGCCAUCGCCGGAGCAGCAGUGCAGUGGCUCAGAGACAACCUUGGGAUCAUCAAGAGUGCGUCGGAGAUAGAAGCACUGGCUAGCACCGUGGAGAACACCGGGGGAGUAUACUUCGUUCCGGCGUUCAGCGGCUUGUAUGCUCCGAGAUGGAGGGACGAUGCGAGGGGAGUUUGCGUGGGGAUCACGCGGUUCACUCACAAGGGACAUCUCGCACGGAGCGUUCUGGAGAGUAUGUGUUUCCAGGCGAAGGAAGUGCUCGACUCUAUGCUCAAGGACGCAAAGGUGGAGCACAAGGAAAAGUUUGUGCUGCGCGUCGAUGGAGGAGCUACUGUCAACAAUCUACUGAUGCAAAUCCAGGCUGAUCUUCUAGGAACUGACGUAGUGAGGCCCAAAGACAUUGAAACAACGGCUUUAGGCGCUGCUUAUGCGGCUGGUUUGGCAGUCGGAUUGUGGAAGGAAGAGCAGAUCUUCACGGCCGAUGAAGAAGUCGGCCAGACCUUCACUCCAAGCAUCGCGGAGCCGGAGCGUGAAAAGCGUUAUACUUCGUGGUGCAAGGCCGUGGAACGAAGCUAUGCGCUCGCAGACUUGGCUUAAGAAAAUUAUAGAAAAAAAAGAACAAAAUAAUUAGAAUCUCAUAAGGUGUUGUUAAUUAUAUAUAUACAAAUGCUUCCAAGUUUCCAGAUAA